AUGGCGUCCAGAAGAUUGUCAAAGUCAGUUUCUGCAGCCAUCAAGGCACACAAUGCCUUUUCAAGACCUUCUCUCCUCCCUCGUUGUCGCGCCAUCUCUGCCUGUGCUAACUUCAGCUCCCAUUCCUCUCCCAACUCCUUUUUCUCCCGGCCAAAUCCCUUCAUCGGAGUUUCUAGAGACGGUACAACUUCGGCCACUCGAGCUCCUACUCGUGGCCGACUGUUUCCUCUUUCUCUCCAGUUCCCUUCUCUGCGCCGCUUCUCCGAUAUAUCAGACCAGAGUGAUGGUAAGAAGGAAGCACUUGAAACGUAUGGAACUGAUAUAACAGAGAUGGCUAGAAAAGGAAAGCUCCCUCCUCUCAUUGGACGUGAGGAUGAAAUCAACCAUUGUAUCCAAAUACUAUGCAGGAUGACUAAAAGCAACCCUGUUAUCAUUGGUGAACCCGGUGUAGGCAAAACCGCUAUUGCAGAAGGAUUAGCCCAACGAAUUGUAAAAGGAGAUGUCCCUCAACUACUCUUGGAUCACAAGAUUAUAUCUCUUGACAUGGGUGCACUACUUGCUGGAACACAAUAUCGAGGAGAGUUUGAGGAAAGGUUGAAAGCAAUACUAAAGGAAAUAGCUGAUUCCAAUGGCAAGACAAUAUUGUUCAUUGAUGAAAUCCACACUCUUGUUGGUGCAGGAGCUUGUGAAGGUGAUACAAUGGAUGCGAGCAACCUCUUGAAACCAAUGCUUGGAAGAGGUGAACUGAGAUGCAUUGGCGCAACUACGCUAACCGAAUACCGCAAAUACAUGGAGAAAGAUCCUGCAUUGGUACGUAGGUUUCAGAAAGUGUUCUGUAAUCAGCCAUCUGUUGAAGAUACUAUAUCGAUUCUUCGUGGGUUAAGAAAGCGGUAUGAGUUACACCAUGGUGUUAGGAUAUCAGAUGGUUCUCUUGUUUCAGCAGCAACUUUGGCAGAUCGAUAUGUAACCGAACGGUUUCUACCAGACAAAGCUAUUGAUCUUGUGGAUGAAGCUGCCUCAAAGUUGAGGGUUUCAACCAUUGCAAAACCGACUGAACUCGAUGAAAUAAACAAAGCUGUGAUCAAAUUGGAGAUUGAGAAGUAUUCUUUGAAAAAGGAUGCUUCUAAAGAACUUCUAGAGAAGAUGGAUAAUGAUUUGACCAAGCUCAAAGAUAAACAGAAAGAACUAAGUAAGCAAAGGGAAGAAGAAAAGUCUCUCAUUACUAAACUACGUUCACUCAAAGAAGAGAUUGAUAAAUCCGCAGAACGUGAAUGUGGUUUAAACCGUACUGCUGAGGUGAAGUAUGGAACACUUAAGUCCCUCCAACGCGAGUUAGAAGAAGCUGAGAAGAAUCUCACUAACCCCGGAGACUAUGAACAGGAAGAGGUAACUGAUCUUCACAUAGCAGAGACUAUAAGCGAGUGGACAGGUAUACCACUAUCAAACCUUCAGCAGUCAGAGAAAGAAAAGCUAGUCAUGUUGGAAGAUGUUCUUCACAAGAGAGUAGUUGGACAAGACAAAGCUGUAGAAUCAGUAGCAAAUGCUAUCCGUUGCUCAAAGGCUGGUCUAUCAGAUCCUAACCGUCCUAUAGCAAGUUUUAUGUUCAUGGGUCCAACAGGUGUUGGGAAAACAGAACUCGCCAACGCGCUUGCUGGAUACCUUUUCAACACAGAGAACGCGAUAGUGAGGAUAGAUAUGAGUGAGUACAUGGAGAAAAACUCGGUCUCACGGCUCAUUGGUGCACCUCCUGGUUGUGCUGGUUUUGAAGAAGGUGGACAGUUAACUGAAGCUAUUAGGAGGAGACCUUACUCGGUGGUUCUGUUUGAUGAGAUUGAGAAAGCUCACCCUGAUGUCUUCAAUAUCUUUCUACAGAUACUUGAUGAUGGAAGAGUAACUGAUUCUCAAGGAAGGACAGUAAAUUUCAGAAACUGUUUUGUAAUAAUGACAUCUAACAUCGGAUCACACUCCAUACUCGAGACUUUCCGCAACAAUAAAGAUAGCAAAGAAGCAGUGUAUGAGAUGAUGAAGCAACAAGCUGUGGAGUUAGCAAGACAAACUUUUAAGCCAGAGUUCAUCAACAGGAUUGACGAAUACAUUGUUUUCCAACCCUUGGAUUUAGACGAACUAUCCAAAAUCGUCGAGUUUCAGAUGAGAAGAGUGAAGAAUCUGUUGGAGCAAAAGAAAAUAAAUCUUGAGUACACAAAAGAAGCGGUGGAUCUACUUGCUCAGCUUGGGUUUGAUCCAAACAAUGGGGCAAGGCCUGUGAAGAGAGUGAUUCAGGAGAUAGUGAAGAAAGAGAUCUCCUCAAAACUUUUGGCAGGAGAGUUUACAGAGGAUGACACUAUUCUUCUCGAUGUUGAUCAGCAACAAAACAAAUUGGUCAUCAAGAAGCUUGAGAUUAAUGACCAUAUUGAAGAACUGGCUGCAUGA